CUCGCCUCGGAUAAAACCUGUUCGUCAUAAAUGUACGACAGUAAAGAUAUUUGAGAAAAUAGCGUUAUGUUGGUGUGUAAAACAUAGUAAUAAAUUACAUUCAGUGGCAUUCUAACAUUUUAUCAUCUUUGAACCUGCAUCAGAACUAUAACAGCGGCUCCAGUUAAUAGGAUCACUGUCCGGUGUUUUGUGAGUCCAGCGGCAUGAAUCAUGGGUAUGGUAAUAGACGUGGUCGGAGAGGAGGGAGUCGGAGGUUCGGAGAUGGAGGUUCCAGGUGGGAUGGAGGGGCUGGAUUCAGCGGAGGUGGAGGAUACACGAGGAGCUCCGACUGGGACUCAAGAGAAAAGCAGGGACAUGGAGUAGAAGGAGCUGGAGGUGGAGGUGGAAGAGGAAGAGGCAAACAUCCACCCCAUUUGAAGGGUCGAGAAAUAGGACUGUGGUAUGCCAAAUGGGGUGGAAUCAAAAGAUCCGAGGCUGAGAGGACAUCUAGGGCUGUUGUUCAGAUGGAUGAACAGCGAGAGCAGCACAUUACUCAGCUGCUGAACUCUGUCCAGAGAGAUGCAGGCAGAGAUGCGGACCCCUCUACAUCUCAGAGCUGGAGGGUGAAGCAGGAGCCCAGUGGCCACAGUUACUUUGAUGGAGAUGAUCCACCAGAACCUCAGAACAUUGUAAAAGUGCCAAAAAUUGAGCCUAAAGAGGAGAAACAGGAGAAUAAGGAUGAGUCAGGAGCAAGUGUGAAAGAAGAACUUAAUGAGACUGACUUGGAGUACUUAUUCCAAGAUGUUGGGCGGAUACCCUCCCUGGAUGAGGAGCUCAAGAAAGAUCAGAAGAAGAAAAACGAUAAUGCUAGAUACCUUGAUAUGCUGAAAUUCAGAGAGAAGCUGCCUUCCUAUGGAAUGAGAGAGGAGCUGGUUAGGCUGAUCAGUUCUAAUCAGGUACUGGUAAUCAGUGGAGAGACUGGCUGUGGGAAGACCACCCAGGUUACUCAAUUCAUCCUUGAUGACUUCAUUGAGAAGGGCAUGGGCUCUCUCUGCAGGGUGGUUUGCACACAGCCAAGGCGUAUCAGCGCCAUAUCUGUUGCAGAGAGAGUGGCUGCAGAAAGGGCAGAGUCUGUUGGAGAGGGGAAUUCCUGUGGGUAUCAGAUCCGUCUGCAGAGUCGGUUACCACGGAAACAAGGCUCAGUGUUGUAUUGUACUACAGGCAUUAUUCUUCAGUGGCUCCGCUCAGAUCCAUAUCUUUCAAGCAUAAGUCAUCUGGUCCUGGAUGAAAUUCAUGAGAGGAGUCUUCAGUCUGAUGUUCUUCUCACCAUCGUGAAGGACCUGUUAACUGCUCGAGAAGACCUAAAAGUAAUCCUCAUGAGUGCCACGCUUAAUGCUGAGAAAUUCAGCAAAUAUUUCAAUAAUUGUUCCAUGAUCCAUAUUCCUGGAUACACAUACCCAGUGAAAGAGUACUUACUGGAGGAUGUGGUGGAAUUGCUUAGGUUCAAGCCACAACAUCAGGACCGCAGACCUCGCUAUAGGAGAGGAUUUAUGCACGGCCAGAAUGUACGGCCAGAGAAAGAACAGAAGGAGGAUGAAUACCACGAGAGCUGGCCCUGCUUCGCCCGCACACUCAGAGACCGGUACUCAGACAGCACCAUUGAUGCGCUGGAGAUGAUGGAUGAUGAUGACAAGAUCAAUCUGGAGCUUAUCGUAGCAUUGAUCAGACACAUCGUGAUGAAAGAGGAUCAUGGAGCGAUUCUAGUGUUUCUUCCUGGAUGGGACAACAUCAGCACCCUGAAUGAUAUUCUCAUGGCUGACCAGAUGUUUAAGUCAGAUCGGUUUAUCAUCAUCCCCCUCCACUCUUUGAUGCCCACAGUGUCUCAGACUCAGGUGUUCAAAAAGCCACCCCCAGGAAUGCGUAAGAUUGUUAUCGCUACCAACAUAGCAGAAACCAGUAUCACAAUAGAUGAUGUCGUGUAUGUGAUAGAUGGAGGGAAGAUUAAAGAAACUCAUUUUGACACCCAGAACAACAUCAGGACCAUGACAGCAGAGUGGGUGAGCUUAGCCAAUGCCAAACAGAGGAAAGGCCGUGCUGGCAGAGUGUCUCCUGGGAAAUGCUAUCACCUGUAUAAUGGAUUGAGGGCCAGCCUCCUGGAUAACUACCAGUUACCUGAGAUCCAACGCACUCCACUGGAAGAGCUUUGCUUGCAAAUAAAGAUACUGAAGUUGGGACCCAUUGCAUCUUUCCUGCGAAAAACCAUGGACCCCCCCUCAGACAAAGCAAUAGAGCUGGCCAUCACACACCUGGUGGACCUGAAUGCUCUAAACCGGAAUGAAGAAUUAACUCCAUUAGGAUUUCAUCUUGCCCGAAUGCCUGUGGAGCCUCACAUAGGAAAAAUGAUUCUGUUCGGGGCUCUUCUGGGCUGUUUGGACCCUGUUCUUACUAUUGCGGCCAGCCUUAGCUUUAAAGAUCCCUUCUUCAUACCGCUGGGAAAGGAGAAAUUUGCAGACCGGAGGAGGAAAAUGCUCUCCCAAAACUCUAGAAGUGAUCAUCUCACUAUUGUCAAUGCAUUUUGGGGCUGGGAGGAUGCUAAGAAACAGGGCAGCAGAUUUGAGAAGGAAUACUGCUGGGAAAACUUCCUUUCUGCCAACACCCUACAGAUGCUUCAUAAUAUGAAGGGUCAGUUUGCGGAGCAUCUUUUGGCAGCUGGCUUUGUGAAUAGUAAGGACCCUAAAGAUCCCAGCUCUAACAUAAAUUCAGAGAAUGAGAAGCUGAUUAAGGCUGUGAUCGUGGCAGGUUUGUAUCCUAAAGUGGCCAAGAUUCGCCCCAACCAUAGUAAGAAGAGACCAAUGCCAGUGAAGGUGUACACUAAGGCUGAUGGGAAAGUGUGUAUACACCCUAAAUCUGUCAAUGCAGAGGAAACUCAGUUCCACUACACAUGGCUCAUUUAUCACCUGAAGAUGAAGACAACUAGUAUCUUCCUCUACGACUGCACCGAAGUGUCUCCAUUUUCAUUGUUGUUUUUUGGAGGGGAUGUUUCCAUCCAGAAGGACCAGGACCAAGAGACAAUCGCUGUAGACGUGUGGAUCAUAUUUCAGUCCCCAGCACGCAUUGCUCACCUUGUCAAGGACCUGAGGAAGGAGCUUGACGUGUUACUAGAGGAGAAGAUAAAAAGUCCACAUCCUGUGGUCUGGAGUGACCGGGGUUCUAAAGAUUGUGCUGUUCUUUCUGCUAUAAUUGACCUCAUCACAACAGAAGAAACCCCUGCUGGAGCCCGCCAGUGAGCACCAACCAAUAGGGGCUUAUUUAUUUGAAUGACAUUCAACUGUCAUAUACAGAAAUGUGAUAUGCUUUCACAGCUCUGUGAACACAAGCACCAGAGAGUACAGAGAAACAGUAUUAUUGAGUAAAUACCUACAUCAUUAGAAAUAAGAAACAUAUUUUUGUUCAUUUCUUUUUUAUUAUUAUUAUUUUAGCAUUGGCUUGAGUUAUUGUAAGCUUUUCUUUACAGUAAUUAAAUUUGACAUGAUGCAAUCGAUUUGUCUGUAGAGGACUUCCAUUCUUAAUCUUUCUAUAUUCACACAUACAGUGUUGGGGGUAACACAUUACAAGUAACGCAAGUUAUGUAUUUAGAUUACUUUUUUCCAAGUAAGUAGUAAAAUAAUGCAUUACUUUUUAAUUUACAAGAGAAUAUCGGAGUUCAAGUUUUUUUUCUUUUUCAAUUUAUUGAUUGACAGCUCUCCUGUCAAUGUCCAUGUUUAGAGAAAUCAUAAGUCGUUGCUGUAGUUCUAAAAUAAAUAUGAAUAUGCAUUAGUUCAUCUCACUCAAAAAAAUUUAACAAUUUUUUUUUCAUGAUUCCUCAAACUUAAUAAAAAAAAUAGUGCAACUCAGAAUAUGACAUAAAAACCUGCAAAAAUUAAUAAAAAAUAAUGCAACUCAGAAUAUGACAUAAAAACCUGCAAAAAUUAAAUGUUAAACAUAAAUAUCCUUUGUGUAUUUAAUCCCAUUCUAUAAACCAAUGUUUUUGCUUCUGACCUUCAAUUAUCCGGUCCAACCGUACUAAGCAAAAAUUACUCUUGAAAAACAUUUGUGUGUCUUCUUUUAAUGCUGAAGUGCGUUUAAAUUUCUUCUACAUUCUAUUGUAUGGACGUAAAUGUACUUUCGUUUCAGUCUGAGGCGUAUUAAUUUCACUGUUGGUGUGAAAAGGCUUUAAUAUUUGCCAAAAAUAUAAUUUGUAUAUUUUAAAAGCAAGCAAGCAAGCCCUGUCCAGUUUUAAAAAGUAAUGCAAAACUAACGUAAUGCAUUACUUUACAUAAAAAAGUAACUAAGUAACAUAAUUAUUUACUUUUUUUUAAGAAGUAAUGCAAUAUUGUAAUGCAUUAGUUUUAAAAGUAACUUUCCCCAACACUGCACACAUAUAGGCUAAGGGACAUGAUAAUGAGGGCAAUGAAAUAUCCUUUGUAUAAUCUCAAAUAAAUUGAUAUGGUGAAUAUAAAAGUUUACAACUUACAGAUAUCUAAUACAUAUGUACAUGGCAUAAUUCAUGUUUACAUUUUCCCUGAGUAAAUUCAAAGAGUGAAAAACUUUGUGCUGUUAUAAAACUUUCCUUCACUUUAAACAGGUACUCCAAUUUCACAAAAUGUAAUGUUUCAUAAUGAGCCCUGAGCUCAGAUAAAAGCUACUGGGUAAAACA